AGCCACAGAGAAAGCCUGUGUGAGGUUAGCAUUUAAUUUCUCUCCUUGUGAGUCGACCAUACGUUUUUAAUCGUUUCUCAAGUUGUUUUCCUUUUCGUUUUAAGACGGUCGUAUUUGUCGUUCUAAGAGGUGAGUCUGCUGUCCCGGAAGCUUUGACCCCAAGCCACUUCACUAGUAAAGUGCAUUUGAACAUGCGUUGAGGUUCAGUUCCGUCGCACAUUCCUUCCCUUUUCCAUGGGUGCUGGAGCGCGAGCGUCCAGAUCCGUGCAGAAAUGGAAAACGGUAAUGAAGAACCCACGCCAGCACCAACCCACUCGGCUCAGCUGGACGUAGUCUCACAAGCGAAAAACGAAAACGACGUCUCGGAUGGAAAUGCAGUAGAUUUAAAGAAGCCAGGCGGGACCGGCACACUGAGCAUCCCUAAUGGUCACGUGAAAACCGGUCUAGAGCCCAAUGGAGAUGGUGUGGAGGAGGAGGGGGGUGAGGGAGUUGAGAAGGACAGCCCCCCGAGCGGCGCCCCGCCCCCCGCGCCCGUCCCUCAGAGCAGCAGCGGGCCUCCCGUCACCCCCCCGACCCAAGAAGCGACCGCAGGUGUGGCCGAUUUCCAUGACAGCCUAGAGAAGUCUAGCACAGAGGGCACUGUUCACAGGGGCGAGGCAUUGCAGUCCCUCAGACUAAGUAUACCUAUGCAGGAGACGGAAUUGUCUGUGCGAGAACCUUCCACGGAGAUGGAGAACGAGGAGAAGAUUCGUCUGGAGGCGCGGCGGCGACUGGAGGAGCAGCUUAAACAGUACCGAGUUCAGAGACACAAGGAGAGGUCACAUCACCGGUCCACACCGAAGAGUCGCCCCUCCAGCACUCUGGACCCGGAACUUAUGCUGCACCCUGAGGCACUUCCACGGGCCAGCGCCGUUGCCAUGACGAAAGAGUACUCCUUCCUGCGGACGAGCGUCCCCAGGGGUCCCAAACUGGGAAGUCUGGGAAUACCUCCGGCCAAAGAGAGGAAGUCCAAGUCGUCGCGUUCCAGCAAGAUCCAAACCUUGGCGGACCUGAAGACCGCGGAGGCCGAGGGCAAGACAGUGGAGGCGUCCGUCUCCGUUUCGGCCGACUCCUCUUUCGGGUCAGUGCAGUCCGUCAUGAGUUCCGUUUCCACUGUGUCGGAACUCAGCGUCACCACUGAGACCGACUCCCUGCAGGAGUCCUCUCUCCCAAUCAGGGACAACGUCUCUGAGGUGGACGGCAGUGAGUCGGGCCAUAGGCACGAUGGGAAUGACAGCGAUAGCUCGUCCUACAGCAGCGUGUCGGCCACGGGCACUUACAACAUGCUGUCGGCCGUGGUGAACCGACCGAAGGCUCCCUACACGGUGGAGGGGAGGGAGAUUGCUCCUGAAGCAGUGGGGCAGUUCCCCUCGCUGCAUGAGGUGCUCCAGGCCGCCAGCGAAGAGCAGCGGAUGGCGGACAUGGAGCAGGAGCAGGACGGAAGCAUAGAACCACGCAGUCGCAGGGAUAGUUUCUCCAGCAGUGUGUCGUUUGGAAGCUCCGUGCUGGGUACCCAUGAUGAAAUGCUACAGGUUCUGAAAGAGAAAAUGAGACUUGAAGGCCAACUGGAGUCCCUUUCCUCAGAAGCCAAUCAGGCUCUGAAGGAGAAGACUGAGCUCCAGGCCCAGUUGGCGGCAGUGAACGCCCAACUUCAGGCCCAGGCAGAGCAAGCCCAAGCCAGCCAGGAGAGACAGAGCGCCCUGACUACGGAGGUGACGUCACUGCGGACGAACUGCGCCCAGCUGGAACGCGCCAUGGUGGAACUCCAGAGCAACCUGGAGAGCAAAAACGCCAGUUUGACGUCACUGGGCAACGACCUGCAGGUGUCCGAAGAACAGUACCAGAGGCUCAUGGGAAAAGUGGAGGAGAUGCAGCAGGCUCUGCUUUCUAAGGAUAGCACGGUGACAGACCUCCGCCAACAGAUGGGCGGUCUUCAGAACCAGCUCCAGCAGGUCCAGUUGGAGCGGAACGCUCUGCAGAGCAGACUGAAGACUUCCCAGGCUGAAGUGGACUCCCUACAGCAGCUGAGACAGUGGUACCAGCAGCAGCUGGGUCUGGCUCAAGAGGCUCGGGUCAGGCUCCAAAGCGAAAUGGCCAACAUACAGGUUGGCCAGAUGACACAGAUUGGGGUUUUGGAGAACCUGAAGUUGGAGAACGUGUCGCUCUCUCACCAGCUGACAGAAACCAAACAUCGUUCCAUCAAAGAGAAAGAGCGCAUCGCUGUUCAGCUUCAGAGCAUUGAGGCCGACAUGUUGACGCAGGAGGCCGCUAUACAGCAGAUUCAGGACGCGAAGACGAUGGUGGAGGAAGAUCUGCAGCACAAACUGGAGGAGUUCGAGGAGGAGCGGGACCAUUUGCUCAAACUCGCCAACACGGCUGCUUCUCUGGAACGAGAGCUAGAGCAGGUGAAGCUGACCUUGUCCCAGAAGGACGCCCAGUUGGAGGCGUUCCAGCAGGAACACUUGGAGCUGAUGAAGCAGCUGACCAGCACUCAGGAGACCCUACAGACCAAAGAGCAGGCUCUCAACCAGCUUGAGGCGCGUUACCUCGAACUGGAGGCCCAGCUGGCUGAGCUUCAGGCCGAGGGGACGGCCAAAGAGGAGACUCUCCAGUACCUGCAGAACGAGAAGAUCGUCCUGGAGGUGGCGCUACAGGCGGCUCGGGCGGAGAAGAGCCAGCUGGACGAAGGGGCAGAGAGGCUCGGGGAGGAUGUUCUGGUAGCUUCCGACACGCUCGACCAGCUGAAACAGGAAGUGCAGGUCCAAGCCACACAGAUUGAAUCUUUACAACAAGAGAAUAACACUUUGAAGAAACAAGCUCAGAAACUUAAGGAACAGUUCAUGCAGCAAAAGGUAAUGGUUGAAGCCUACCGUCGAGACGCCAGCUCCAAAGACCAACUCAUCAGCGAGCUCAAAGCUUCCAAGAAACGUCUGGUGUCUGAGGUGAAAGAUCUCAAACAGGAGCUUCUGAAGACGGAGGGAGAGAAGAAAAGUGCAGAGCAGGAACAGGACAGACUCCAGAAGGAGGUGGAGAGAGUCCAACAUCAGAUUCAGAACUUGGAGGCCCACCUGCAGUCUGUGCAGGCUGAGAGAGACCAGCUUGACUCUCAGAUACAGUCUCUCCAGUUUGACCAGAGCCAGCUCGCCGCUGCCACAGAGGAGAAUGAGAACUUGCGCAAACGGGUGGAGCAGAUGCAAGAAGAAGCCAAGAAAGCAAUCACGGAUCAGAAAGUGAAGAUGAAGAGGCUGGGAUCAGAUUUGACCAGUGCUCAGAAAGAGAUGAAGGCCAAACACAAGGCCUAUGAGAACGCUGUGGGGAUCCUGAGCCGCCGGCUGCAGGAGGCCCUGGCUGAGAAAGAGACAGCAGAGGCAGAACUAGUCAAACUCAGAGCACAAGUCUCAGAGGGAGGCAACAACCAAGCUCUGCAGGCCAAAGUGGAGACCCUGCAGUCAGAGCUAGAGGCUGUGAAUCGCAGCAAAGCCAUGUUAGAGAAGGAGUUACAGGAGGUCAUCUCUCUCACCAGCACCGAACUGGAGGAGUACCAGGAGAAGGUCCUGGAACUGGAGGACGAGCUUCAGGAGUCCCGGUGUUUUAAGAAGAGGAUUCGACGUCUGGAAGACGCCAACAAGAAGCUGGCUCUUGAGCUGGAGCACGAGAAAGGGAAGCUUGCAGGCCUGGGGAAGUCCCACAGCGCAUUGCGGGAGCAUGCCAAUAUCCUCGAAGCUGCGUUGGCCAAGAGGGAGGCAGAUCUGGUCCAGCUGAAUCUCCAGGUCCAAGCGGUUCUGAAGCGUAAAGAGGAGGAGGACCAGCAGAUGAAGCACUUGGUUCAGACGUUACAGACGGCUCUAGAGAAAGAGAAAGCCAAAGUCAAAGAUCUGACAGAACAGGUGGCAGAGGCCAAACUGGAGGCUGGUCAUAACCGCAGACACUACAGGGCUGCCCUGCUGGAGCUGAGUGAGAUUAAGAAGGACCUGCAGGCCAAGGAGGAGCUGGUCAAAGCCCUGCAGAGUGAGGCGCGGACGCUGGCUUCUCAGGAUGAAAAACACUCUCAGGAGGUGUCGAGGUUUCAGGAGGAGCUCUCAGAGGCUCAUGCCCAGCUCCAGAUCCUGCAGAAACAGCUGGAUGCAGAACUCAACAAACAACCUCUCACCAACCAGGAGGUGGAGGACCUGAAGUGGCAGGUGGAGCAGAAGCAGAUGGAGCUGGAGACUCAGAAACAGCAGAUGGAGAUGGCGGAGCAGUGUAACCGCAGAGAGAUGGACAGCCUCCUGGACACGCUGCAGAGGAUUAAGGUGGAGCUGGAGAUGGUGCAGGAGGAGCUGAACGGCACGCGGAAAGAUAAGUUCAUGCUACAGGCUAAAGUGGGAGAGCUGAGGAACAGCAUGAAAACGGUCCUGCAGCAGAACCAGCAGCUUAAACUGGACCUCAAACAGAACCGGACCAGAAAGAGAAUGGAGCUGAAAGGAGAUUCAAACCCAGUCACACCAGUAAAGAUCCCAGACUGCCCAGUACCGGCCUCUCUAUUGGACGAGCUUCUGAAACCAGCAGCAUCGGUCAACAAAGAACCACUGAACAACCUGCACAACUGCCUUCGUCAGCUGAAGGAAGAGAUGGACAGCCUUCAGAAGCAAAUGGAAGAACACACUGUUACUGUGACAUCAUGGACCAAUCCAGAGGAGGAGCUUGCCAGGCUCGGUGUCCAUGACAACGGUUCCCGUCCAAAGGCCAAUCAGGAUGACAAUGACAUCACAAAGAAAGAGGCGGAGCCAUUGUGAUAUCCGGGAGAGAGGAUGAAGUGACUGUUACUGGGAGAACGUGCUUUUGUUCAUAUGGGCACUUUCUUUUAAAAUCCCUUCUUUUUAAUUCUUUUUUUUGUUGUUGUUUUUUUCCAUUUCUUGUAAGCGGCCAAUAUUUGGCCCUUCCUCAUCUAUACGAAGAAUGUUUGGGGUAAAACGUGUGGUUUGUGGGGUUUUUUUUUUUUUCCCUCCCAAAUCACAGCUGUACUAGUUGUUUUUGUUUGUUUAAAAUUAUUUAUGGUUUGAACAAACUAUUCACAGUAUAUUAGAAAACAGGAAGAAGGGCAUUUGAUGUUUCUCCUGUUACUGUUUUUUUUUGUCUUAGCACAAUCAACAAAACACAGCUAAGCUUUUUUUUUUAUAAUCACUAGGUUGUCUGAAGAAUUUUUCACAAAGUUUGUGAAACGUACAUUUGUGAUGUUUAUGUUCAGCAGAGAUUUUCAUUCUUUCCUCCCCCCCCCCCCCUCUUUCUUUGUAGAUUUUCCUCCCUUUCAAGAUAAGUAAGAGCUAUGUGAUAACCUGGCUGCUUGAAUAUCACAGGUCUUUACCUGGAGUCGUUAUUAAAACUCAUGCCCAGUUUGUCAGUUCUGACACAACUGUUUUGAUCUGUUCUUCCACUUCUCCGUGCCUAUGAAUGAGUGGUUCCACUCAUUCCUCUUUCUUUUCUUCCUCCUCCUCUUCCAUCCAAGCCAAUGAUCGUCAGACUUCACCGGCUGCUACAGACUAGGCGGCAACGUGGUUAACCAUCUCUCUGCUGUGUGUCAUGUAGCCUGUGUGACUGUUAUCUCUGUGGCAACCAUUGUCUAGGUUUGGUUGCUGCGGCGAUGCAGCGGAACUCCUUCCCUAUACCACAAAUAAUCCAUAAUAAUACAGUUUUGAGCGUCUCAGUGUUUUUUGCCAAUACUGGAUCACCGGACUAAAAGACCUUCAACAUGAGGUCUUGGCUCUUCUUAAUACUGUAGUAGAUUCUGUUUGGCCCAGCCCCUCUCCUCUCCUCUCCUCUCCUCCCCUCCCCUCCCCUCCCCAGUCUGACUUGGACUGUACUAGCGAUGACUGAUUGGACUUUGGAAGCACUUUCCAUUGUGAUGGGGGGGGGGCUUUUGAUUACUGUUAAAGAAAUGCAUUGCUUGAAUGAACUUGUUAAUAUUUCUAUUGAAAGAGUGUGGUGGAUAUGCAACAUAGGUUUGUGAAACUGACUCUGUUUUGAAAGAAUCUGCAUUGUUGAGUGUAAUAUAUAUAAAAAUGAUAAAUAUUACCAUGUGUAUAUGAAAGAUAUUGACUGAUAUUGCACAACUGAUGAAAGAAGACUAAACCAACUUGCUGGGAAAAGAGGUGUAUAAAAUGUCUUUCUGCUCAAUGUUUUUAGUUUCUUUUCUUGAGGGUGGUAAGUGCUGAGAGAUCUGUGUCUCCUCCUCAUUGUUACUUUUGGUUUUUGUAUUUCUGCACUUUUUUUGUUUUGUUCAUCAUCCAAAGCUGUCAUGAUUAACUGUCUUUCCACCAUAGCCUUAUUCUAAGGGUCUGACACAAAUCUUGGCAUAUGUAAUAUAUUUAAAGAGUAACAAACCCUUUCGCUGUCUUUUGAUGUGUAUAAUCUGUCAAGUUAUUUAACUGCGUGGCAAGAUUGAAUGAAAGAAUUUCCGACGUGUGUGUGUGUGCGCGUAAAGCAGGCUUUAAAUCACUCUAAGAAUGCCAUCAUAUCCUAAACCUGGACACAUCUGUCGCUGUCUUGGGACAAGUUUUUGUUUUAACUACUGCAGGGGAUGUAUGUUGUUGGAGAGUCAAAGCUUUAUCUGCUAACUAACGUCUGUUUUAACCUACUCUAAACCAACCAUUGUUCUUUACAUCAAAGGGAAAAUACAACAUAGAGACAUGCCAUGUAUCAUCCUUUCUUGGCAGUGAAGUGACAUGUCAGUCAGUAUAAGCAAACACUUUUGUCUGGUCGUUCUCUGUUUGGACUACUGACUAUUGCUGACACAACAGAGAACUUGUAUGACUGCAUUUUUUUUAUUCAAAAGGGGCAAAAUAUGACUGCUAAUCAAGUGACUGUACUUGUAUUUUGAAACCUAUUUGUUGUAUUAAUCCCAUAAAGAAUUAAUGCCAUGUAGUUAUUCUGUUUCAGUUUCUUUAAAGACAUUUUUAAAAUGGUUCAGAUGAAGUAUGUACUCUUGGUUAAAUUGCGUUCAAAAUAUGAUUAAGAAAUGCGUUUUCUUUUGUCUUUAUCAGGCUUCUCAGCCUACAGAUUGUUCGUCACGCCAUGUAGUUUAAUGCGUAUCGUUUGGAUUGUAAUUAUCAGAGAAGACCAAUACGUUUCGCCGGACAUACCUACGGAACUGUUCACUGAAUUAAUCGAAUUUAAUGCAGGGAAGUUAAUGGAAUGUUGUCAGGUGAUGUCAUAAC